AUGGUAUUUCAUGCUAAGCUAUAUAUUGCAAUCUACAUAAAUAAAGUACGCAAUCAAUCAAUCAAUCAAUCUUCUUCAACAGGAGUACUCGGAAUAGUGUUUGAAGGAAAGGCACACCUGGGAUUUUCCGCUCUCUAUCUCUGGUUCAAUGAAUAUCAGUACUUGGAUUAUUCAGUGUCGUACAUUCGAACUGGAAUCACCUGCCUGGUGCCCAGGGCUCAACUGAUCUCCCCCUGGCUCCUACCUAUUCAGCCUUUCGACAAAGCGCUCUGGACGAUUGUGGUGAUGACCCUUGUCACAUCGACAAUCACCCUCUACUAUGUUUCAAAAAUAACAAACAUAUUUUCAAGAAACUGGAGGCGCAGAUUCCGAACAGUAGAUGACAGUAUGUUGAGGGUGAUUGGCAUGCUUGUUCUGCAAGUUCCCACGGCAAAAGGCAUCCGACCCCCACCCACUGCUCUACGCUAUGUCAUCACUUUCCUUGAAGUCAUGUUCCUGCUUGUAGUCACUAGUUACCACAGUGGUUUGGCUUCUGUCCUAACAUUACACAGUUCACAAGGAAACUGGAGGCGCAGAUUCCGAACAGUAGAUGACAGUAUGUUGAGGGUGAUUGGCAUGCUUGUUCUGCAAGUUCCCACGGCAAAAGGCAUCCGACCCCCACCCACUGCUCUACGCUAUGUCAUCACUUUCCUUGAAGUCAUGUUCCUGCUUGUAGUCACUAGUUACCACAGUGGUUUGGCUUCUGUCCUAACAUUACACAGACACGAAGCAGCUAUAGAAACAGUACAGGACUUGGUUGAUAGUGGUCUAGAGUGGGGAGCUACACACGAUGCUUGGAUAUUUUCAAUUCUGCUGUCUCCUGAGCAGCGUACCAAAACUCUUGUCGAGAGAUUCAAGGUUCUCAGUGAAAAAAAACUCAACGAGCGAACGCAAACUAGAAACUUUGCAUUCAGUUUGGAGCGCUUACAAGGAGGCUACUUUGCAAUUGGAGACUAUAUUACAGAAGAAUCAAUGAACCACCUCCAGUUGAUGAAAGAGGAUAUUUAUUAUGAAUACUGUGUGUAUGCUCUUCCAAAAGGUUCGCCCUACAAAGAGCCUCUGGAUAAACUGAUUUUGGACAUCCAAAGCGCAGGCCUGGUCUUGCAUUGGGAAGGAGAGGUAGUGCGCAACUACCUACCAGUGAAAGUGCAGUAUGGAGUGGCUCAGAGCAGUGCUUCGCCCACCGAAAGUGAGCCCAUCGUUCUACAGCUGAAGCACAUCCAUGGAGCGCUCACUAUCCUUGCCAUCGGAUUGACCUCAUCAACACUGAUAUUCAUAACUGAAGUAUUUUGGAACAAGGACUUACAAAAACAUAGAGAGGAAAGGGUCUCUUCACACUUAGCUAUGCUACGCUGAAAUAUAAAAUCUCUACAACCUCAUCAACACUGAAGGAUAACGUGGAGAGACAGAGUGGAGGCUGAUCUGCAAGAGAUGGGUUGGAGACACGGGGAGGAGAUGGACAGGAUUUUGUGGAGGAGACGGCUGAAGGAGGGAAAUGCCGACCCCAUAUGAUUGGGAUAAGGCGUAGCCAAAGAAGAAGAAGAAGAAGUAGCUGUGUGAAGAGACCUUAACUCUCAAGAAUUCUAAACUUACAGGGACAGACAGCAACACAAAUAGAGAGGAAACUCUCAGGACUCUCAAAACUUGUAGCCUGAUUGCACAAAAGUUUGUUGAAUUUUAACUGUAAUUAAGUGCUGCUUAUAAUUUAAUUAUUUUACCGGUAAUUGCAGUUUUAACAUGUAUAGGCCUGGUUUCACAAAAGGACGUGUUUCAGCGUAGUGUAGCUGUGUGUAGAGACCUUAACUCUCAAGAAUUCUAAACUUACAGGGACAGACAGCAACAGAAAUAGAGAGAAAACUCUCAGGACUCUCAAAACUUGUAGCCUGAUUGCACAAAAGUUUGUUGAAUUCUAACUGUAAUUAAGUGCUGCUAAUUAAAUACGUCUGUCGGUUCUCUGUCUGUGGGCUCUUGCAGCAUUUAACCGUCUUUAAAUCACCGUUAAAAUUCAACACAGAUUCUUAUACAACCGAUAAUUACAGUUUUAGCAUGUAUAGUUAAACUUUAAUCAUGAUUAAAUACCACGAGAACCAAUCAGAGGAGAUUUGGAAAGAACGCUUCUCUGAUUGGUUCUAGCGGCUUUAAUCCUGAUUAAUAUUUAACAGGUUUUUGUGCAACUGGGUCUCAGAGUAGACUUGUAGCUAGGCAAGUUUCAGAUUGUCACUAAUAUAGCAUAAGAAGAGAUAUACCAGAAUGUUUAUUAUGUUCAAAAUUUCACUGUUAACUCAAGCCGAUAGUCCUAUUAGGCCUAGUUCUUUUUCGUGAAGCUAUGUGACUCUGGUUGUGUCUUAUACUAAGGCUAGGGCCACACGAGCGCACAAAGCGCGUCCGUUGCAACUUACUUUUUGACGUCCGUUAUAGGAAUACAUAGAGGUGAAUUGGUGACAACACACGAGGUACGUGCGUACCAAGUAACGGAAGUCGUAACGGACGGUGAUUUUUGAAUUGCGCAGAAAUGCUACAACGCACGUCGAGACAUGCAAAAGUUAUUGCUUCGUCUGGUUCAAAUUGCGUAAAGCCAACUGUCGUUGACGCACCACACUCAACUCUCGUGUGGUGUCAUUGGCGACGGCCGCAAAAAGUAAGUUGCAACGGACGCACUAUGUGCGCUCGUGUGACCCUAGCCUAAGCCGUUCUUACACUCUCAGCCGACCAAAACAGUAAUAGACAGUAGACGACUUGAAAUUUGGGACAUAGACGACCUAUACCAUGGGAUAUCUUCUUAUGCUAUUUUUUCUCCAUGAUAUUAUAUUAAAUAGAUUGAAGAGAAGGUUUCAAGGUUGUAAUUAAAAACUCCUUGAGUAUUGAACAACUUCUAAUAUAUUCAUCACAUAACUUACACACUUAAAAGUAACUUACAAACAAUUUAUUGGAUUACUAAUGAUCAAAUUCAUAUAAAAAUAGUAGUGGAUGGAUUAAUGUGAUAAUGUAUUCAAUGAUUAACCACUAAAGACUCAUGUUUUCUCUUCAUUGGAAUCUGGAUUUGGUGGGAUUACAUUUUAAAGGAGCUUUCUGAUUGUACACAGUUAAGAUUUAACAAACUCCUUCUGUUGACAUUGUCAACAUUUUUCCAUGUUUAUUACAAAAAUAAUGAGAAAAUAACAGGUCAAGAAACUUUGAUGUAAACACAAUAUUUUCAUUUAAAAGAUUUUUAUAAAAUUACAAGAGUAUCAUUGUAUUGAAAACUCAUGUAUUGAAAACAUUAAUAUUGAUUUGUGGUAGCUAAAAAUAUCUUUAACUAGGUUACACAGAAAA